CAGGACCUCCUGUACCUUCCCUCCUCUCCUUUCUCACUCUGACAGCGGCGAGGUACGCCGAGCAGGAGCUGGGAACAAAGGAACCGAGUGCUGAGGGGAGCGGCUUGGGUGAGACAGAGCCCCCGGCCGGCUGCCAGAAGAUCCCGGUAGGAGGAAGCCCAAGUGUCACUUGAAUUCCACCCAAGGAGCGGGCGCCUGGGAUCCGAGCGCCUUGUUUAUCAAUAACGGCUGGAACACGUCCUACAAGUUACGGGAGAAUCGGCAGAGAGGCAGGAAGGUCGCCGGCCCCCCCGUGCGGCGGCUCCUGACCCCCCUGAGACCCAAGCCCUGCCUGGCGCUGGGAGACAGCUCCAGCAUGAAAAGCAAGAAAGGUGUCGUGGUGGCUUCCGGCAGUGACACUGAGGAUGAGGACAACACGGACAUUCCGUUGGACCUUUCCUCUUCAGCCUGCUCAGGCAAGAGGAGGCGAAGGGGCAACCUGCCCAAGGAGUCUGUUCAGAUUCUCCGGAACUGGCUGUAUGAGCACCGAUACAAUGCCUAUCCCUCGGAGCAGGAGAAAGCCUUACUGUCCCAGCAGACACACCUCUCCCAGCUACAGGUCUGUAACUGGUUCAUCAACGCCCGCCGCAGGCUCCUCCCUGACAUGCUGAGAAAGGAUGGCAAGGAUCCAAAUCAGUUCACAAUAUCCCGCCGUGGGGCCAAGAUUUCUGAAGCAAGCUCUAUGGAGUCUGCAGUGAGCAUCAAAAGCUUCAUGCCAGCUCUCGAGGAGAGCCCGUUCCAUUCCUGUACAGCUGGACCCAGCCCAAUCCUAGGGAGGCCACUGUCUCCUAAGCCACCAUCCCCGGGAUCAAUUUUGGCUCGUCCGUCGGUGAUCUGCCACACCACUGUGACUGCAUUGAAAGAUGUGCCUUUCCCUCUCUGCCAGUCAGUUGGUGUGGGACAAAACACAGAUAUCCAGCAGAUAGCAGCCAGCAGUUUUACAGACAGCUCACUCGUGUACCCAGAGGACACGUGCAAAUCCGGACCAAGUACAAACACACAGAGUGGUCUUUUCAACACUCCUCCCCCAACUCCACCAGACCUCAACCAGGACUUCAGUGGGUUUCAGCUGCUCGUGGAUGUUGCACUCAAAAGGGCUGCAGAGAUGGAGCUUCAGGCAAAGCUUACGGCGUAACCAUUUUGUCAAGCACAACAGUUCUCAAAAAUGGCCUGGUUGCCGGGGUGAUGGCAAGAGAGGAAUUGCAUUAUUUUAUAUAUUUUUUUAUUAAUAUUUGCACAUGGGAUUGCUAAAAUGAAGCUUCCUGUUACUGAGAUCUUCAAUGGAAUACAGUCAUUCCAAGAACUAUAAACUCAAAGCUACUGUAGAAACGAAGGGUUUUCUUUUUUUCAAUGUUUCUUGGUAGACAAUUCAAAAUGUGAGAUGGUUCCCAACAUCAUGUGAUCUUUUUUUUCCCUCCCUUUCCCCCUUUUUUGUUGAUGUUUUUCAGACUGUGCAAUACUUAGAGAACCUAUAGCAUCUUCUCAUUCCCAUGUGGAACAGGAUGCCCAUAUACUGUCUUAAUAAAUUUUCAUUUUUUUUCAAACAAAUAUGAUUCUAGUUGAUUGAUGCCUUUUUUCAUGACAUAAUAAAAUAUUUUCUUUAAAA